AUCCUCGGCGGCAUGUCGACGCUCGCCGCGUCGUACCUUGCGCGCGCGCGCGGCUCGGGCGAGCCGGAGCGCUCGCUCAUCCGCUGCAACGACCUGGAGCACUUCAUCCGCGACCUCGAGGCGUUCCUGCUCGACAAGGGCCACGUCAUCGGCGUGGAGCUCGACAGAGACGUCAACCGCUUCCGGCGGCGCUUCGAGGAGAUUCUGGGGAAC